AUGUCGGGACGCGGCAAGACCGGCGGCAAGGCCCGCGCCAAGGCCAAGUCGCGCUCUUCCCGCGCCGGCCUGCAGUUCCCGGUGGGCCGCGUGCACCGGCUGCUGCGCAAAGGCCACUACGCCGAGCGCGUGGGCGCCGGCGCGCCGGUCUACCUGGCGGCCGUGCUCGAGUACCUCACUGCCGAGAUCCUGGAGCUGGCGGGCAACGCGGCUCGGGACAACAAGAAGACGCGCAUCAUCCCGCGCCACCUGCAGCUGGCCAUCCGCAACGACGAGGAGCUCAACAAGCUGCUGGGCGGCGUGACGAUCGCGCAGGGCGGCGUCCUGCCCAACAUCCAGGCCGUGCUGCUGCCCAAGAAGACCAGCGCCACCGUGGGGCCCAAGGCGCCGGCGGGUGGCAAGAAGGCCUCCCAGGCCUCGCAGGAGUACUGAGGCCGCCCAGCCCUCCCCACACCUCCACAAAGGCCCUUUUAAGGGCCACCACCUCCCUCACAGAAAGAGCUGAGCCACUCCGGGCUGCGGCCCGCCGCGCCCCCAUCCUCUUCCCCCCUCGGCCCUCGCGCGUCUGUCAAUUCCCCUUCCCCGCACGGCCUCCGGGUCCGCCACGGAGAACGCGGGCGCCGAUGGCGGCCUCCGCCCAUCCCGGAGCUCGUGACCUCGCCGUGCUCAGUCGUGGACGACGGGCCCGUGCGGAGAGGUUGCGGCACCUUCCCGGAGUCUCUCGGCCCCUUGCUAUGACGUACGGGCCGAGGCGGGCUUGAAGAUGGGUCCCUCCCGCAGCUACAGCCCCCGGCAUCUUUUUCUUCAGCUUGGUGCUUAGCCCUCGCCUGGACCUUUCGGAAGUGACUCGGACUGCCGGGCUUUGGUGAGGAGGAAUGGGUCACGUUGUUUCAUUCCCGUGUCCCCCGUUGCUGCCCUCAAACCAGUUGACCCUGUCGUCAUUCGUUAGGCCGGCGUGUGGUGUGGCCGGGACGAAAAUCAUUGUAAUGUGAACCCAGUUUCUCCAAGAUACCUCCAGGAAAGGGUCAGGGAGACGCUUACAAGGCCUGGGGACAGGACAGUUGUAUACCUGCCGCAGGAGACUGGCAGCCGGGCCUAGCCAUCCAUCCCCUCUUCCCCAGCGACCCAACUCUAACCCGAACACCUAGAUACCAGCACAAGUCGGUGAAUCCCUGUCUGGACUGAGCCUCUGUUGGCUUCUGAACUGGAACUUUUGCAGCUAUUACAAGUUUAGAACCUUAAGUGGGGAGAUUCAAUGGGCUAAUUUUAUUAAAGGAUCGUUUGGUUUUUUUAAAAAAA